AUGCACGUAUUUGAUGAAAAUGCUGUGAAAUUACUGAAAGUCAUUGAGAAAGUUGAUAAUGGACACAUAGAAGUCAAAGAACUUAUGUAUAGACUUACCUUGGACGUUCUCGGAAGAGUUGCUUUUGGAUUUGAUUUUAAUAAUCUUGAAGAUCCAACAAACGAUGUUACUACUUAUCAAGAAGUGACAGCCGAAUGUGAAAAACCUAUAUAUUUUAUUAUCCCAUUCAUUGAGUAUUUCCUGUGUUUUGAUCGUACUGAAGCGCGUAAAAAAGUUGCAAAGAUUUAUGAAUUAUAUAAUGGACUUAUUGAAACGAAACGUAAAUCAAUGGAAACGGAAGAAUUGAAUAUAAAAAUAAGCAAUAAUACCGCUGAUUUUUUAUAA